GGUCCCUCGGCUAUAGAUGGCUGUGAAGCAUUGAGCAAAAGCUUUGAACCGAACGUCGAGGUUUACAAAGCAACGUAAAAUAACCCUUCAAAAUCUACCAGGGAAGCACUAAGAACACUCGCUUUCUUGAACGCAUGAAGGGUUAAGUCAUAUAGUUGGCUUUUACGGCCAAUAUGGUGUCCUAAAUGCGAGUUAGCAGCAUAUUGAUGGCUCGAGUUUGGUGGCCAAAUGUUAGCUAAUGGUUCUACUAGACCAUCAUUUCCCUAUUCGGGCACUAACAAUAGUUCGGUCUCAGAAGAGACCAACACAGCGCUUAAAUUCGCACAGGGAACUGCGAAUUAUUCCAAAAGGAGUAAAUUAUCCGAUGAUGGCCUGGAUUCGCUGACUCGAAGGGAUCAAGAAAUUCUACAGGAAUUGGAAGAGUACAUAGUCGAGGGACCGAACAGACAGCCAUACACCACACUACAUAACAAUAAUAAUACUGGAUUUUGGACCAACAAAAUGGCGACCGCUAAUACAAAUGGGCCAAGUCAAGCUUUAUCGAAUACAAACGGCUUCCAAUUGCCAAUAGAAUCUAACACAAGUCUACAGAGUAAAGCUACGCCAGGGGUGAAUUUGUUAUCACAUAUGAAUAACCAGUUUUCUGAUCAAGGAAACUUGGGCAUUAGUGGUCAUGCGAAUCCUUCUUCGAGUCUGAAAAUGCUUCCAGGAGGGCAGACGAAUCCCAGUCUUCCCCCUACGAACCAGUACAAUCAAUAUAGUCAACGACAGGAACAUCUAAUGAGGGGUUUUCAGGGCAAUAACGGCGCUGGUUCUCACGAUAUUUCAGCAUCACCGUUGAUGCGUAGUUCAGAACAAUACACCACUCCACAAAGAUCUUACAUGUCUGCUAACAACGAUACGCAAAUGCGGAGUGUAAAUCGACAGUCACCAAGCCCCUUCUCUCAAAAUUAUUUCCCUCAGGAAUCACAUAAUACACACUCAACGAAUAGGACAUCCUCUACAUCUGCGGAUGAUCGUGGUUUAAGUUCUAGUGAACAUUUUCCCUGGCUACCUAACCGAUACCAGACGAGCAUUAGCCAAACAAAUUCAUCUAUUUCUCCCGCGAUUUCUAGAACUCAAAACCCGGCCUCUCCCAUGCCUCCCAGACGGCCAUCUUACAUGGGACAAAAUAUUCAAUACCCAACAACUCCACCACAGCAGCCAGGCCAACCUCACCCAUACAUGAUGAGCCCCUCCAUGAAACCCAUGCCCCAAACACAACAGUACUAUAACAACAUGGGUAUGCCUCCAAGCAUGAUGGGACCCAGCCAUAACCCUAUGGGGAUGCCCCAGCGGCAGGGUACUAUGGCCAACCAGGUGGCCAAGUCGCAACCAGACAUGACCCCCUAUCAGCAACAGCAGUACCAACAACGAUUCCCACAGCCCAACUACCCUCCACAGUUACCGCCAUACAUGGCCUCACGUCAAAGCCAAAACCCCAACCCCAUGUCAAGAGUACCAAUGCAGCACCACCAGCCAAUCCUACCAAAGCCGGCAGUUGACAUGUUUGGAUCACCGUCUACAGGGCCCCGUUACCCCAGCAGUGUACCAGACUCGUCUAUGGAUUUUCCUGGGCCAAUAAUCGGUGACGCAUCACCAUCCGGACCGCCACCACUGCACCGUCAGCCUUUCCCUGCUACAGGUAUGCCACCUGAUCGGCAAAACCAGCCACAAUACUCCCGAGGCUUCCCACCCUUCCAGAGUCCAUUGCAAGGUGGUUCAUCUUCACCAAACGUCACUCUUGGAUCCCCAAUGAGAAACCUGUCAGAAGGUUUUCCAGGAGGCAACCCUCUACAGGGGAGUGGUCCAGUACCUCCACCUGCCUAUCCCACCCGUCCCUCCUCCAACCCUCCUAACACCUUCCCUGCCGAGUCGCCUUUGUCCCACAGUGGAGCAGCGGCUGCAGCAGCAGCGGCACUGGCAGCUGCUAGCUCCAUGACCUAUCCUGGUAUGGGACCUAUGGAGCAGUCCGGACCACCUAGUUAUGGGUCCCAAGAAAGUGGUAUAGGGAGCAGAGGCUCCAUGGGGGUUGUUCCGUCCCCAAGGUCAGGCACGCCAAACUUGUCAAUGCAAGGAGUGGAUGCAAGCUCUAGUAUCAACAGUGUUAAAACAGGUCGAGUUCCAUCACCUAGUCUGAACCAGCUGCCGACUGCAGAGGAUGUGGAGACCAUGAUAAAGAUGAUGGGGAGUGGGGAGUGUCUAGACCGGAGCCCACCCUCUUCACGGUCCUCAUCACCUACAACAAUGUCAGAGCUCAACAACGGGAAUCAUAGUGGUCCUGCCACUCCCAUUCAGACUGUUGCCGCCACCUCUGCAGAUUCGCCUAUGUCCACUUUCUCAGGACUGUCCGUUAAGGCAGGGAUUACUGGACUCUCCAGCCCGUCCUCGUCCUUUGGCGAUGACCAGGAUGAAGAUAUCCCUGUUGACGCCAUCACACCGACCCUGACUGGUGCACCACUUCCUUCUUAUAACCAGGACCAGUCAAAGCCAUCAUUCCAACAGGCAAAGUUUGCCUUGCUUUACCAGCUGGAUGAUAAUCCUGACAGAAGAAAUUUCCUGGACAAGUAUGCCUCGUUUAUGGAAAGUUCAGGGGCCCCAGUAACUCAUGUUCCUGUUAUCAACAAUGAGCCCCUAGACCUGUUUAAAUUCUACCGAGCUGUUAGAGAGAGUGGAGGCCUUCAAGAGAUCGUGAAGAAGAAAUCUUGGGACUCUGUAAUUUUUAACAUGGGAGCACCUCUUCAGCUUUCCAACAUUCUUCGCACUCAGUAUGCUAGGCUACUCUUAUCCUAUGAGAUGAAAGACAGUCAAGGGGGGAAUGUCGAUGGGAUUCUAAAAAAUGAUCUAGAAGAUUCCGGGAUACCUCCACCAAACGCUAUGGUGACCUGCACUGAAGCCAUCAUCCCGUCAGCAUCAGUAACAACCUCUAUCCCUGGUGAUUCCUAUAAUUCUGGGUACAACCACAUGAACGGGCCACAGGGAUACAAUGGUCCUCAGACGUAUGAGGGCCAUCAAGAGGGCUAUGAAGGCAGUAAGGGGUUCAUGAACGAUACCAUGGACCCCAGACAUACUGCCCCUCCGCAGUUACCAAACAUGGGUGGCUAUAACAUGCCUCCUUACAACAUGAUGGGCAACGAGAGGAGUAGCUAUCCUGGGUACCCCAGCCAGAGCUUCCAAUCAGCACCCAACACCCAGUUCACAGGAGCGGCAGCCUUAUCACAGCUGGCAUACCAGAGGAACCAGCAGGCAAUGCAGGGGUAUCCUGGUAUGCCUCCUCGACGGCCAUCCCACAUGGGCCAGCAGGCGCCGAUGAUGUCAAGUCCAGGUCCCCAAGAUCCCAUGACAGCUGUAUGGCCAGGGUCACAAUACAAUGCCUCGUCUGAGCCUGUGCAGAUGUUUGACUACCUUCCACCUGGGCAAUCUGGCCGCAGCAUGCGUCCAUCCAUGCCACAGUACCCCCAAGCACCCCCAUACAACUCCUACCAGAGCCGACAACAGUACCCUCCAAUGCCACCCUAUCGCCCAAGCUCACCCCAUGUCCAGUCCUCGGCGUCACCUUCUAUGCAGCGCCCCCAGAUGGUGCAGUCGCAGGGUGUUCUUCCGCAGCAGUUGUCGCCAAAGCCCAAGUACAACCAGUCACAACAGCAUAGCGGCCACAUGAAGAGGGAAGUUGGUUUCCCAGCAGAUUGUGUGGAAGGUACUCGGCCUGUCUUUACCAAGAAGAGAAAGCUAACCUCCAGAGACUUGGGCCCUGUAGAGGCGUGGCGUGUGAUGAUGUCACUCAAAUCCGGGUUGUUGGCCGAGACGACCUGGGCCCUUGACACGCUGAACAUUCUUCUGUACGACGAGAACACGGUUGGUUACUUCGUACUGUCGCACCUGCCCGGCCUCCUCGAUAACCUGCUUGACCACUUCCGAUGCUACCUCGCGCAGAUCUUCGGCAAAAUGUCGGACAUUGAGGUCGGGCUCGGCACUGCGUUCCUGCACAAGCCGAGCAAGCGCCGAGCGAAGCCCGACGAGAAGAAGAGCCCGGAUGAGAAGUUGGAGGAGGACUCGUGCAGAAGCUUAACGGCGUUCAUUGCUUCCGCUUCCAUUGAUCACCCGGAUGAGGGGUUCGUCAGUAGAGCCCGAAUGUGGUCACGUGGCGGAAGUGACGUCACAACACAUAUCCAGACGCACGUAGGGACAGCGACGAGCCCGCGGAAAGCGUUGCAUCGUAAAGCGCAUGCGCGAACAGCAAUCGCACCGGUGGAAAAAGCUGCCACGCAUUCACCCGAAAACGACGCAUGUCAGCCCGACAAGAUCACGUGCUCGAAAGAUAAUGUCCCUUGCUCGAAGGAUGAUAUCACGUGCAAUAAGGAUAGUAUCGCAUGUUCACGAGAAAGGGUCGCGUGUUUAAACGAUAAUGUCAUGUGUUUAAAGGAUAACGUAAUGUGUUCAAAAGAUGCCGUCACGUGUCAAAACCGUAGCGUCACGUGUCCAAAAUAUAGUGUCCUGUGCCCAGAUAGCAAUGUUGAGCCUAAUGAAACGUCGGUAAAUGACAAGUGUAAUGGGGCAAAUGAUAGCUCCGACGAUAACACGUCGGCUGUUCGUAAGGUCGACAUCAAAACAGAGGCGUUGUCGGAUAAUAUCCAGUCAAUAAACGACGUGAAAACUAACUGCGACUCCGUGGCGAGUUCGCGGGAGUCGAGGACGAAGAACGAGUGUCAGAUUAAGACCGAGUCGGGCGAGAAGUGCGAGUCCAAAUGUUGCGCUGAGGACACUUGGAAGGGUGGGGUGAAACUCGAGAACUGCGUGUCCGAGUCACUAUCGAAAGACUGGGAAUUAGACUCCGACUCGAGCUCGGAAAUGGAUCCGGAUUCCGACGACGUGGACGUUAGAAACGAUGAUUCUCUUACGGAAGAAGAGAGGUUCACGAGGCGCUUAAAGAAAGAGCUGGACUUGUUGAUCGAUUUUGAGUCGGACGGCGACGAGACGGAUGCGUACAUAGAGUCUCUGGUGGCUUCCAAGGUGCGCCAGGACAGGGGCGCAUGCGUGCACGAGCAGGAAUGCGUGCGCAAAGAGGACGCGCCCUUGUGUCUGAGAACUGAAUCGGACGAUGCGAUUUCUCGGCGAUGCAUCUGCGUGUCGAAUAUAUUGCGCGGUUUGUCGUUUGUUCCGGGAAAUGACAUCGAGAUGCACCGGCAUGCGGGUCUGUUACUCAUACUCGGACGACUGCUACUGUUAUACCACGAGCACGCGCACAGGGUGCCCUAUAAGCGGACCUACCUACAGGUGGACGAGGAGCCCGACGUCCCGGUCGACGAUCGGGAUGAUUGGUGGUGGCACUGCCUCGAAGUCCUGCGUGAGAAUGCUCUCGUCAUUUUGUCCAACAUUGCAGGACAGCUGGACCUGACGUUCUACUCGGACACAAUUCGGGCGUCCGUACUGGAAGGCUUGCUGCACUGGCUUGUGUGCGAGUCUGCAGACGCGCUUGACCCCAUGCCGACGGCCACACCCAGUACCUCCUUAUCGGCCCAACAGCUGGUCCUGGAAGCCCUGGCCAAGAUGAGCAUCUUGGGCGGUAACGCAGAGCUAAUCAUCUCCACCUCCUCCUCCCCGCAGCUCGUGCUCAUCCACGAUACACUAGUGCGGUUACUCGGCUCGCGCGGUAACCCUGUGUGCCGUGAGCUCACCCUAGUCCUGCUCUCCAACCUCUCGCAGAGCGAUAACGAGUUCGCCAACCUCGGCGAUAAGAAGCAGUGCAUCGCCAUGCUUUUGCAGUUCAUCGAAGACGCGGCGAACUCCAUUAACGCGUACUCGAGUGGGUCUUCUCUUGCCCAGGGCGGGUAUACUUCUGAGGACUUUUGCGGCACAAGCGUGGACAUGCUGCGGCGCGCGGCGUCCACUCUCGUCUGUCUAUCGCGCUGUAAAUCCAACAAGGCAGUUUUCCUGCCGUUCCAGGAUCGCCUUCUAGUUCUCACCACUCUGCGACUACUGGAUGGAAUGAUCGGGAGCCAUUUGGCGGACGUUCUGUAUUAUUUAUCGAGAUGAGACGUGUUGAAACGAGCCACGAUGAUUUGCAACAUUCCUUUCACUCCCGACAUCUCAAGUUCUAUCUACUGCACCAAUGCGCUGCUCGCUUAUUGAUCUGCGAUAAAGUUUUCUAGAUUCUCAACGAUGACUUCCAACUUAUUAAAGGCCUUCUUGCUUUUUGAUCUGUCAACGCUUUUCGGUGAGAUGAGUGUCCAAUCAAAAGCAUUAAGAAAUUAAAGGAAUUACAAGCAAGAAGGCCAUUUAGCAGUUGGAAGCCGUAGGAUAUUUGAAGCUGCUGUAAAAUUCUCUAGCCUGAUUAUUCAGCAGGUCAAUGGUGUAGUGGGAAGAAAUUCAAAGUUGAUCACAGUAGGGAGUUAAUGGACUGAGGAAUCUUUACUAGAUGGGAGGACGGGAACAGGACAAGGAAGACAGCACGUGGUUAGCCUACAUGCAAACGUCUAGGCUAAAAUCACGAUGCAAGGGGUGGACCAUUAGAAAUUUGGGGAGGAGGUGACAUUUUUUUUUUUUUUUUUUUCGUGGGAUGCAAGUUAGUGCUUGGAGUUCUGUAAUUUUUUUUUUUUUUUUUUUAAUAAUCGGCCUGGCGUGUUUGUUUUUUUAUCCCCAAAUUUCUAAUGGUCGCCCCUAAGCGCCUUGCGGGCUAUGUGUGCUUGUUUUUGUUGUUUUUUCAACAGUCUCCAUCCAAUCCUAACUAGUAAACCAGCUCCAUUACCAAGACAUGCAUGGUAGGGAAGAUAAUGUUUUGUACAACAGAGUAACCAGACCUUUAAGUAAUCCCUUAGGGACUAGGGGAGUCUGGGGGGGGUUCUUUUUCUAUUUCCUAUUUAGAACCGGCCAAGCCGACUCCAUACCAAUAGUACAGUACAUAAUAUGCUUCCGAGAUGAAGGUAUAGUUACUCUGCUUUCUAACGUUUUGUUUUGCUUGCUUGAAUUGAAAUCCGUUGAUGAUUCUAAAUGCGUGUUACUGUUAGGUUGAGUUUGUCAAGCCUUCUAAUUGGUCGGUCUCGUGGCCAAUCAGGAGUUUGAUAAGGUCUCUGUGCUUUUGAUUGGUUAGCCAGGAUUAAGCCAAUCCCAAGUCAUGCUCGACCCAUCAUUCUUUGCGGGAGCUUCAUAAAGUUCCGAAAUGAUUUCGCGACUGAAAAAAGAAGAAAGCGUUUGGAACCCAAGCAUAUUCUAGAAUUGGAUUAUUUAUCUAGUUUUGUUUAGUUCUGUUGGAUUGUUCUUUUUUAAAGUUGAUGGUUUCCAUGGACUUGUAGAUUCUGCAAUGGGUUCUUGUAAUACUGAACGGUUUUCUUGCUAACCUGUCAAAAGCUAAAGCAGAUGCAUGCCAAAUGAAUUCACAUUAUUUUUGAGAAUCACUAAAGCUAGUUAUCGUAAGAUUUGGGUCAAACCCACGUGAUAUCUGUCUCGCAUCCCAUUGGUCAACGGUCUGUUCCACCAAACAUACGUCAGAAUAUUAAUGAACGUGAUAUCAUCCAAAAUUAUUCCAGUAAAUGUGUAAAAAGUAGAUAAGAUAGAUAAAGUGUAUACUGUAAAUUGUUUAUAUCAAGUAGAGGUUUAUAGAGAAAGUGGUACGGAAGUAUGGCUGAUGUCACGUGACCUCUAUACUCUUGUAGAUUAUCAAAAAAGAAUAAGCUGAAUAAAAUGAAUUUUUCGA